UUUAUGUAUCGAAAGAGCCCAUCAGUGCCGUAUCCACCACCGUGCUUCCGCCACACACUAGACCGCUACUAAAGCACUGAGAGAUACACAAAUAUGGGAUUUGAUCUGACUGACUCUCUCAAAUCACAAAGGAUUAGUAGUAGAAAUAUAUUUUAAUAAUCGCCGACAAUUUCUUCAGAUCUCCAAAAAAAAAUCUAAUCUUAUAAUAUAAAAACCCUUAAGAUUUGCAUCUGAUCUGGUUUUCGAGUGGAGAAGCCAUGGGGCACCUGAGUCUACCUGCGUCGAAGCGUAACCCUCGUCAAUGGCGUCUCCUCGACAUCGUAACCGCUGCUUUCUUCGGUAUCGUGCUUCUCUUCUUCGUCCUUUUGUUCACUCCUCUCGGCGAUUCCAUGGCGGCUUCUGGCAGGCAGACGCUGCUUCUAUCGACGGCGUCAGAUCCGAGGCAACGGCAGAGAUUGGUGGCUUUGGUAGAAGCUGGUCAGCAUUUGCAGCCGAUCGAGUAUUGUCCGGCGGAAGCUGUCGCUCACAUGCCUUGUGAGGAUCCCAGGAGGAAUAGUCAGCUUAGUCGAGAGAUGAAUUUUUAUAGGGAGAGACAUUGUCCCUUGCCUGAGGAGACUCCUCUCUGCUUGAUUCCUCCGCCUUCUGGUUAUAAAAUCCCUGUUCCUUGGCCUGAGAGCCUUCACAAGAUCUGGCAUGCAAACAUGCCAUAUAAUAAAAUUGCUGACCGGAAAGGUCACCAAGGAUGGAUGAAAAGGGAAGGGGAAUACUUCACUUUCCCAGGCGGUGGCACCAUGUUUCCUGGCGGAGCUGGCCAAUACAUUGAGAAACUUGCUCAGUAUAUUCCGCUUAAUGGUGGAACUCUUCGAACUGCCCUUGACAUGGGAUGCGGGGUAGCAAGUUUCGGAGGCACUCUACUUUCUCAAGGCAUUCUAGCCCUCUCAUUUGCUCCAAGAGAUUCACACAAAUCACAAAUUCAAUUCGCCUUGGAAAGAGGAGUUCCUGCAUUUGUUGCCAUGCUUGGCACUCGUAGACUCCCCUUUCCUGCAUACUCCUUUGACCUGAUGCAUUGUUCCAGAUGCUUGAUUCCUUUUACCGCUUACAAUGCAACUUACUUCAUCGAAGUAGAUAGGUUACUGCGCCCUGGGGGAUAUCUUGUAAUCUCUGGCCCACCUGUACAAUGGCCUAAACAGGACAAAGAAUGGGCUGAUCUUCAGGCGGUAGCUAGAGCUUUGUGCUAUGAG